UCGCUGCUGAGCUCUGCCUGCCUCUCCCUCAGCGGGGACACCAUUUUUCACAAAGCGUGUAGGGGGCCUUUCUCCCUCUUCCAAAUUCGGUUGUCGUUGCCCAACCAGCUUAAAAAAUACAUGAGGAUGACUAAGAAGAGGAACCCGGAGAGCACCGUGGGCCAGGUUCAUUUCCUUAGGAAAAUUGCUAGAAAUAAGGGAGAGGUUUCUCCAUGGGUGUCUAUUAGCAUAAUUCCGCUGAAGUCUCUUCAGUUACACUGUUUUAUAUCAGCAGGAGAUCUGGCCAUAAAUAUUUAAGAAUUUAAAACCCUUGUGGAGGGCAUUUGAGGACAGUUUCAGAUUUUACAAGAGCAAAGGAAUGAAACAAAUGACUUCACAUUCUUCAUGACUUCUUGCCCCUAGCUCAGUCUGUGCUUUGAAAGUCCAUCUUCAUGUUUGUGCCAACUCCUAUUUAGGAGUUUAUAACCAGAUCUUAACAGUCUUGUGUAAAAAUGAACAUGAUGAUUUUCUGGGAGGUUCUGCCCUUGCUCAGAAGACUUCAGCUUCUAGUAGAGCUGUUCUAACUUUACCUAAAGGUAGCUGAGAUCAAACUUUGCUCUGUCCUUUUCAAGCUGGAAUUUGAUGGUUUAGCUCUGAGGAUGGAGAUACUCCUAACCUGAUUCUGUAUUUUAAAUAAUAGUAAUGUUUGCCACACAUUACCAGUGUAAAGCUUCACAGCACGUACACGUGAACAUUUUUUCCGUCUUAAAUUUCAGAACGAUCUAGCAAUUGUUUGAUGUGCUAAAAUUAUUAAAUAUGAAAUUGAAGUUGACCUAAGGCAGAAGUUUUUGCUAGUGAUCAAAUUGUUAAUUGCUUGACUCCAGUGAGAGAUGGCGGUAUGUAGGGAAUGUGGGUUGAAGCAAUGCAAGAAAUACAGUCUUAUUUCACAGUUUAAAAUAUGCCUCUAGCAGAUGUUUUUUGCCUUUCUAAAGUUGUUGAAAGACUAUUAUUAUCUCUUUUUUUUUUUUUUUUUACCUUUCAGCAAAAUGAUGGUCCAACACUCAGGCCAGGUAUCUGCAUUAGAAGUCAGCGCCUCCGCAAUUGUUCCCACUUUGUCCCCUGCAGGGUCACUGGGGUUUGAUGAUUUCACAAAUUUAACCCCAUUGGUGAAAGAGGAACUGAGAUUUGCCAUUCAGAAUAAGCGUCAAUCCCACAGAAUGUCUUCCACACUGGAUACAGUGACAGUUUCUGAAAGGCCAGUUGAAACGUCAGUCAUGAAAACAGAGUUUACUCCUGAAGAGGAUGAAAGAAAAAAACGAAGAAGGGAGAGGAACAAAAUUGCUGCUGCAAAGUGCCGAAACAAAAAGAAGGAAAAAACAGAAUGCUUGCAGAAAGAAUCAGAAAAGCUGGAAACUAUCAAUGCAGAAUUAAAAGCCCAGAUUGAAGAGCUAAAGAAUGAGAAGCAGCAUUUGAUAUACAUGCUAAAUCUUCACAGGCCCACUUGUAUAGUCCGGGCACAGAACGGAAGGACACCUGAAGAUGAAAGGAAUCUUUUUAUUCAACAGAUCAAAGAAGGAACAUUACAAGGUUAAGUGACAUGGCAAACAUGGAAGUAUUUAUAUUAUAUUUUAAGAGCUACCAGAAUCCAUGGAGGAUCUGACUUAAUGUGUAGGAUUCUAUUAGUCAAGAGCCUUUAGGAAGGGCAGAUUGCUUUCUUACGCAGAAAGAAUCAUUUUGGCUUGACAGCGACUCUUCCCCUCGGAAGAUCCGGUCUCAAUCAAAUUGAAGCAUCUUCUGCCUCAAAUAUAGGUUUUGCACCUGUCAUACUUGCUGUUCCUAGGAGCUACAGACGACAGCUUCAGAAGUUUUAGCUCUCUGCUAGUAUACAGUAUCUGCACUCACGACGUUUGUGCUAGAACACUAUGACUUGCAAUGAUGCACGUGGUACAGACAGCUGUGCUGGAUGGACACUAUCUUUCCUUAUUGCUGGUGGGGAAAGCAGACUGAGAGUAUUUUUUUAAAGUUUUGAGGUUUCCAGGAGGAUGCUUUCUGGCAGAAUGUACUGAUACGUAAUACUGCAUUCUAACCAAACACGUACACACACACACAGACACACACACACACAGACACACACACACACAGACACAGACACACACACAGACAGACACAUACACAAAAAGCCUUUAGUCCCAACUAAGCUUUGUAAUUUUUUUUUUUCACAACACUUGUGUGGGUUUCUUCUGUGACUCAUCUCAGAGACUGAAUUUGAAAAGUUUGGUAGGUGCGACAAAGUAGUGUUUCUUGCAAAACAUCCAUGUAGCUAAGUUUGUGCUUUAUGAGCUGGAACCCCACCUACUAUCCUUUGGGGACUAUAAUUUUUCCUUGAGUUGCUGGAGAGCAUUUUGUACUACCACUUGGUGACUGGGUGGAUUGGACCCUCUGGAGAGAGGAAACUAUGAAGGGAUUAUGAUAAGGGUUUUGCCAGAGUAAAGAACUGCAGGACUGAAUCCCAGGCUUGUGAAUCAUGAAAAAUAAAAAAAGACAUUUUAGUCUAGGAUCUGAUCCUGCAAGCCUUAAAUCAUGCUUCUAGGCCUCUCUCAGAGAAGAGGUUCUAUGGACUUCAGUAGGUCUGGUUAUACAGAUAGCUCUUGCAGACUUAAGGGCAUGACAAAAUCUUGUCCAGCCUUGUCAGGAUUACUUCCUAUUACUGAUGAUUCCGAGCGGAAAAAUAUGAUUGCAGUUACUUUAUUUCACAUUUGGGUGGCAACUUCAGUCAAUCGGAAGUGUUACUUAGAAUCUGAAGGAGGCAAGAGUUUUGAUGUCGUGAAUAAUUGUUUUUCUUUUUUAUUAAAUACUAACCUUAGAUGUUUCUGAACUGGUAGAAGAGCUGCUGGACAAAACAGUUGGAGCUAUGAGUGUUUAAAUUCUGAUGUUUCUGUGAAAUUCUCAGAUUGUUUAAUCCUAUAAAAUAUAUCCUUACAAUUUUCUGUAAAAGAAAAUAUCCUUAUUUAUCACUAAUAUCCUCAUGAGUAAAGUUAAUAAAUACUGCAAGCAAGAUAAAACUGAAAACACAAGUGUUGUGCUGUUUUUUUGCUUUUAUCUCUUGGUGUUUAAUAUUAUAUAUUCCUAAACUUCAACAGUUGUAUUUGAGACACCACUAUUCAAAACCCUCAGCCCUCAUCUUUUCCUCAGAUGAAGUGCUGUGUAUCUUGAGUGAUUGGAUGCAGAGAUUAGACCUUCCAAAAUUUUGUAUCUUCACGAGUGGUGUCUAGCUGCUCAAUGCCACAAUUUAAGCAAAGCAGACAAUAAGAAUGGAGCUUACAGUACAUAAUAUUUUACACCAGUUAUGCAGUGUUGAAAUUACGUUUUUAUUCUAAAGGCUAAACUUAAAGAUACCUCAGCCAUAAGCUUCUUUCUUUGCAAGUCCCGGUUGAGUCUAUCAGAUAUCAUACCUGAUCCUUAUAUGAUCUUUAUAUUCUGCAACAGAACUUCUUAGUACCUUUCCUAAGAUCUGGAUAUAUUGUAAUGUCCUACAAACUAUGUCAUGUUUAAAAGAUAUGUACUUCAUGUAUUUGAAAAGUGAAUGUAUUAAAAAGACAACAUAUUAGGUCUGAUUCUGUCCUGAGAAUCCACUUUCUUUCUGUACGUUGGAAGCAGCUUCCAUUGACUUCAGUGAGAGUUUUACUCACGUCCUGGAGGCUGAGUGUGGAGCCUCUGCUGCAACUUCACUGGCUUAGAGGGAGUGACUUGGGGACUCAGUGGGGCCACUUGUUUGUCAGACAACAGAUGUACGUAAAGCCCAUUACAAUAGCCUUGUCCAGCGAACACUCAUUGGUAUUUGACGUCUGUCGUAUGGAAGUACAAAACUGAGGCAUCAACACGAUACCAUGCUCCUUGGCUUUGCCCUUUGUAUAUCAAAUGCCAACAGACAAAAGAGUUUGUCUCCUAUGCCGCUGUAAAGCGUUACCGCAGAGACUAGAGUAUAGUCACAGAAUUCGUGUCCCUCCUUUAGGGAAUUUGUAUGGUUGCUCUUAACCGUAUCACGGCUGACGCAGGCGUCAUGCUUUUGUUGCUUGAUGUUAUUUACUUAGCAUGCCAAAUGUUAAUACGGUACCACUACUAUUGUCAGAAUAAAAUUAUUUUUAUUUCUUUAUAUGUGCAGUCAUAGCUGCUUUCUACUGUGUGUAUGUGUGUGUGCAUGCGUGCACCUGCACGCUAAUCUGGAAAUGAUGGUACUGAAGUCAAUUUGACUAUGCCCAAGAAAAGAGUGUUUAAAAAGCUAGAAAGGAGCCGUCUGUUGCGUGAGUUUUCUAAAAGUAUACUUUAUUCAGGAGAACUUUUAAAAUGCAUUAA